AUGGUGCUGGUGCUGGUGAUUGUGGCAGUUGUCAAGGUGCUGCUGCUGGUCGCGGUAGCAGUGGUCAAGGUGGUCGUGGUGGCAGUGGUCAAGGUGGUGCUGCUGGUCGUGGUGGCAGUGGUCAAGGGUAGUGGUGCUAGUCAUGGUGGCAGUGGUCAGGGUAGUGGUGCUGGUCGCAGUUGUGCUCGUCAGGGUGUGGUGCUGGUCAUAGUGGUAGUACUCGUCACGGUGGUGCUGGCAAGGAGCCUCCUGCCCUUCACAGAUUUGGUAGCGAUGCUAGUUAUGGAAGCGAUUGCCGGGGUGGUGUUGCUUAUCAUGGAAGUUGCGACGUGA